CCGGCGAAUGCGGCGUAAGCACUGCAGGGCAAGCUCGGGGUGGGGGGUGGCUGCGCAGAUCCGCCCCUGCCUGCCUUCCCCUUCCAACCGGCCAUUGCUUGCGGAUUCCCGUUGCCUGGGAAUACGGCAAUGAAGCUGGGCGCAGCGGCCUUGUGCCUGUGCCUCCUUGCAGUAGCAGUGUGGCUGGGCCUCUCAAUGACAACAUCGGAGUCAUCUGGAGGAGGGCCUGGAGGAGGUGGAGGAGGGCCUGGAGGAGGUGGAGGAGGAGGAAGAAAAAAAUGUUCUCCUACACCCUUGCCGAAAGCAGACGUCUCACUGUGCCGGGACCUUGAAGUUUCCUACCCAGAGUUGGGGAACAUCAGCUGCCGAGUUGUUCCCAAGUGCAACAUGUACAGACGGAAGAUCACAAAUUGGCCCCAGCCGAAAGUCAAGUAUCCCGCCGCCUUGGAUGGUUCAUACUACGUGCUGGUGAUGGUGGAUCCAGAUGCCCCCAGCAGGGCAGACCCCCAGAUGAAAUACUGGAGACACUGGCUGGUGGCCAACAUCCAAGGUGCCGACCUAAAAACUGGCACUAUUCGGGGCAGCGUGAUAACAGACUACGGGCCUCCGACCCCCCCACCGACCACUGGCUUACACCGCUACCAGUUCUUCGUCUUUCUUCAGGGAACUUCAACCAUCCCUACCCCCCCCAAACAAAAUGAAAAUCGAGGUGCUUGGGAAAUGGACGAUUUUCUGCAGAACUACCAGCUGCCACAGCCCAAAACAAGCACCCAGUUCAUGACUGAGUUUGACGGGGCUUAGCCGGCAGGUUUUAGAAGAAUGAACGAGGUCAAAGGCAAACUUAGUGAAAGGUAACUGUUCACUGAGCUGCAAACUGUACCUUCCAGGUGUGUGCCCACGUCAUGUAAUCCACGACAGAUGGUCUGGAGACAGAAUCUCCUCUUGU